AUGUGGAACCCAAAAUUAGUAUCGUCAUUAUUUCAUAAACUAAAACACGUUCGGUGUAUCCGAACUUUUUCUCCUUUGCAAGCCAAAAGGUGGCACCCAGACCCUCGCUUUGUAGAGCAAUUCAGUGGAGUAGCAGUAUAUACUAACGAAGCUAUAGAUAAGUAUUACAAAGUGAUAUGGGAUUCACGAGUAAAGUCAAUAGAAAGAAAAUUACAGAAUAUGGUGAUAAACUUUGGACCUCAGCACCCUGCCGCACACGGUGUACUUAGACUUAUUCUAGAACUGGAUGGAGAAACAGUUGUUAGAGCCGAUCCCCACAUAGGAUUCUUGCAUAGAGCUACAGAAAAACUGAUGGAACACAAACAUUACAACCAAAACCUACCAUACGUUGAUCGUUUAGACUAUGUUUCGACACUAGCCAAUGAACAAACUUUUGCAUUAGCCGUUGAAAAUCUUCUAAACAUAGACGUACCUCCAAGAGCUAAGGCGAUCAGAGUUCUUUGCAGUGAGCUUUCUCGUAUCGCUAACCAUCUUUUAAAUGUUUCUGGCACAAUACUUGAUGCAGGUGGUAUAACACCAUUUUUCUGGAUGUGCGAAGAACGUGAAAAGAUUUAUGAGUUGUCUGAAAGACUUUGUGGGGCGCGUAUACACUGCGCUUACGUCAGACCUGGCGGAGUAUCGCAGGAUAUUCCUAUAGGAUAUCUCGAUGACAUAAAUGAAUUUUUAUCCAAAUUGGGUGAACGCUUAGACGAAACAGAAGAUAUUUCUACUGGAGGUCGGCUAUAUUACGCGAGGACAGCUGGUAUUGGUGUCGUGGAGGCUCAUAAAGCUCUUUAUCAUGGCUUCUCUGGGCCUAUGCUUAGAUGUUCAGGUGUGAAAUGGGAUUUAAGGAUUGCUUUCCCGUACGAUAAUUAUGACAUGUACGACUUUGAUGUUCCUGUUGGAUCCUUCGGUGAUAGUUACGACCGUCAUCUACUUCGCUUAGCGGAAAUACGCCAAUCCAUUAGAAUCAUAAAUCAGGUCAUUGACACAAUGCCAGAGGGUGAAAUCAGAACAGAUGACUCGAAAGUUUCGUUCCCUUUAAGAUCUGAAAUGAAAAUGUCCAUGGAAGCUCUAAUACAUCAUUUCAAGUUAUGUACCGAAGGUUUCGUCGUUCCACCUGGUGUUACAUACACCGCCACUGAGUGCCCCAAAGGGGAGUUAGGUUUUUAUAUGGUAGCCGAUGGAACUUCAAAGCCCUAUCGUGUUGGUAUAAGAUCGUGCUCAUAUAAUCACUUAUCUGGUCUCAGUUUCUUGGCCAAGGGAGGUAUGCUUGCAGAUAUAGCAAUAUUGGUUGCUACUAUUGACAUUGUAUUUGGCGAUAUCGAUCGCUAA